GCUCCUUCUUUGCGUUUUCUUCCUGCAUCAACUCGGUCGAUUCGGCUGACGAUUUUUGUCUCGCAAAACGGUUUUGCGGACAAUUUUCCCCCAAUUUGUGGGUUAUCAAGUGAAGAGACAUCAACUGCAAGGGAAUGCCUGCGCUAGACGACAUCAAGUCCUCCUGGGCCGAUGAGGUCGAGUCCGAUCCAGAUGCGCUGCCACCGCCCACCGAGGUGAUCGAAAACGGCCAGAAGAUCGUGACCGAGUACAAUUACAACAAUGACGACAAGAAGGUGAAAGUUGUGCGCACCUACAAGAUCACCAAGGUGGUCGUGCCUAAGAGUGUGGCCCGCAGGAAGAAUCUGAAGAAGUUCGGCGAUUCGGUGGCCGACCGGCCGGGACCGAACCCACAGACGACGAUGGUCUCGGAAGACAUCUUCAUGCAGUUCGUGACCAACAAGGAGGAGGAGCAGAAGGCCGAGAGUGCGCUGGAUUCCGUGAAGAACAUUGCCAAGUGUCGUAUCUGCGAGGGCGAGCAUUGGUCCGUGCAGUGUCCGUACAAGGGUACCACGUACGACAAACCAGUGAAAGCGGCGGCUCCAGCUCAACCGGAAACGACGUCCUCCAACAAACCGGGCAAGUAUGUGCCUCCGCACAUCAAGGAGAGCCAGGCGAAGGGUGGACUCGGUGGACCGAUGCGUGGCCGUGACGAUACGAGCGCCAUCCGUAUCUCGAAUCUGUCGGAAGCGAUGACGGAGGCCGAUCUCGAGGAGCUGGUGAAGAAGUUUGGUCCGCACACGAAAAUGUUUCUGUCCCGCGAUAAGAGCACUGGCCUGUGCAAGGGUUUCGCCUACGUUCACUUCCGUUCCCGCCGUGAUGCCGCCACCGCGAUCGAGGUACUCAAUGGUUAUGGCUACGAUCAUCUCAUUCUGAGCGUCGAAUGGUCCAAGCCACAGAACCCGCAGUAAGAUAACAGUAGCGGUAUUUUCGGAUUCUCGCCGCUUCAUUAGCGGCACAGGGAAUCUAAGGGUGAAGAGAUGGAGAACACAUGUUGCAUGAUAAAACUGGAUAAAGUGGAAGGAGAUAGUGAGAGGAUGAGGA